AGCCGCCGCCGCCGCCUGCCGGGGCAUGUCGUGGACGCCAGCCGAGACGAACGCGCUCAUCGCAGUGUGGGGCAACGAGCGGCUGGUGGAGGCGCGGUACCAGCAGCUGGAGGGAGCCGGCACGGUGUUCGGCAGCAAGGCCCCUGGGCCAGCCAUGUACGAGCGCGUGUCCCGGGCCCUGGCCGAGCUGGGCUACGAGCGGACCCCGUCCCAGUGCCGGGAGCGCAUCAAGCUGGUUCGAUGCCCAGAACUGAAUGCUGUGCUCCAGCUGUGGCCUCACCGGUGCUGAAUAGAGAGGAAGAGCCACCUUCAUAGCUUACAUACCCUUCGCAGGUGUUACAGUCGGGUGAAAGAACAUGGUGUUGGGAAAAGAAAGAGCAGUUACACAUUUGAACAGUUGGAACAGGUGUUUGGUCAGGGAGGAUGGGAUGCUCAGCCCUGCCAGCCUGUACUUAUUAACAGUAGUGGCUUGUACCAGGAGCUGGAGUCAGAUGGCAGCACUAUGGAGGACUAUUCACAGGAGGACUGGGGAAACCACAGUCAGGAUCUCCACGGCUAUCCAACAGAUCAGGAAUUGGAUGAAAUACCUGUCACAAAGAGAACAUUAAAAAUAAAACAAGAGUCUUCUGAAGAAGCACAGAAAAGAGACAUCAUGCAGAAUAUUGUACAGAUUUUGGAAUCAGUACAGUUGAAAUGGGAACUGUUUCAGAGCUGGACAGACUUUUCAAGGCUCCAUCUUUCUAAUAAACUGGCCAUUUUUGGGAUUGGUUAUAACACCCGUUGGAAAGAGGAUAUCCGUUACCAUUAUGCCGAGAUCAGCUCCCAGGUGCCCCUUGGCAAGCGACUUCGGGAGUACUUCAACUCUGAGAAGCCUGAGGGACGGAUCAUUAUGACCCGAGUGCAGAAAAUGAACUGGAAGAAUGUUUACUACAAAUUUUUGGAGAUCACUAUUAGUGAAGCUAGGUGCUUGGAGCUGCACAUGGAAAUUGACUGGAUACCCAUCGCCCACUCCAAACCAACUGGUGGGAACGUUGUUCAAUAUUUAUUGCCCGGAGGCAUUCCUAAAAGCCCAGGCCUUUAUGCCAUUGGCUAUGAAGAAUGUAUCGAGAGGCCCCUCUCACCCCACACAGAGCUACGGUCCCUGGAACCAGGGAAAGAGGGCCGGGUUGACCUGGAAACCCUUUCAGCACAAGCCUCAUUACAGGUGGAAAUAGAACCCACCCGAAUUAUCUAUUGCUACCUCGGGAUUGCUGAGGUUAGGACUCUGCAGCAAUGCUUAUUUUUACAUUUCCAAGCAAAUACCAAAACCUUCAGCAAAGAUUGGGUUGGUAUUAAUGGGUUUUUGUCUCAGAACUGUAUUGUGGAUCCUGGAGUUUCCCCCAAAUCCAUCUAUAUCAAAUUUGUAGAAGUAGAGAGGGAUUUUCUUUCCGCUGGCUCUUUAGUUGAGUGCCUGGAAAAAGCCAUUGGAUACCCCUUGAAAUUUAACAACUGAAUGUCAUCCUUCAUAAGGAUUUGGGCUCUUCCCUCUUCUCUACUCACUUCCCAUUACCCAGAUGUCCCUCAUUCAGAUGCUACCAUCGGACUCUUCAUGGAAACUCUCCACACUAGGGCCAGUACAACUUCUAAGGAAUCAUAGUAGACUUGGGGCAGAAAAAACAGACCUCACCUGGAAGUGCUCAUUUUGAGUGAGCAAAAUAUAUAAUGAACCUGCAUGGUGGGUCAGCUACUUCUUUUUUAAAAACAAGAAACAAUUUUUAAAUGGAUUUUAGAGCCCUAAUAUAAACAAAUGUAGGUACAUUCCAUAUUGGACAAGACUUAUACUUUGAGUUUCAUAUGAAAUUGAAAAAUUGUAUUUUUUUCACAAUGUUUCAUUUUUACACAUCUCUAUGUCUCUAUAUAAGUAAUAUUUACAACUCUAAAUAAAUAAGCAAUAGAUAAUGGCAAGUUAAAUCUUGAGUCACAGUAAAUAAAUAAGACUGUUUUUCAAUAUCACCCUUAGCUAUUAUUGUAUAUAAUUUAGAGUUUCAUUUUUUUUCACCAACCAAGUGUUUUGCUAUUUCCAAUCAGUGUUGCCUGCAAAGACCUUUGUUUCUGUGAUGUACCAACUUUACGGUUGUGUUGCCGUUUAAACUUUUUAUAAAAAAAAUUAAAGUAAUUCCUGGCCUCUGGA